UGAGCUAAUUAUAAAUAUGCUGUGCUUUAUUCAACAAAGUUACUCAGAUGAAGGUCUGACUGACCGAAAUGUCAGUUCAUCAGUGAAUCGACCCUGUACGUGAAGCUAGACCAGCACGCAACAACUCAGAAACAGGAAGACGUUUAGACACGCAACGAAGACAUCGGAUCAACUUUGUUCUGCUGUUCUGGGGAGCUACAGAUUGUGUGAUGGCACAGAAGUCGAUUCUUUUGGUAAUCUUUGGCACACUUUCAGCAGCCUAUUUGGGUGGUGGAUCAAAGCCCACACUCACAUUAAGUCCGGACCACCAUCCCUUCAUAGGAGACUCAGUAACUCUGAGAUGUGAGUUGAGUGUUUCUUCUGGUUUGGUGUUCUACUGGUACAGACACACACAGACCUCUGAUCCUGUGGCCCAGACUGAUGGAAACUCCUACAACAUCAGCUCUGUUGAAAUCUCUGAUGGAGGACAGUACUGGUGUAGAGCUGGGAGAGGAGACCCAGUCUUCUAUACUCAAUAUAGUGAUGCGGCUGAGAUGAAGGUUACAGAAAGACCAAAAGCAAUCAUUACAAAAUCAAACUGGACAAAGUUCUUCAGUGGAGAGAAGGUCUCUCUCAGAUGUGACAUAAAGAGUGGGGAGAUCAGUGACUGGGAGUACAGAUGGUUUACUUAUGGAUUGAUGGUUAUGAGGUUCUCAAGCCAUAAAGGUGAUGAGUUUGAAAUCAACACACCUGAGUAUGAAAUCAAUCCAUCACGAAGUGGUCGCUAUGCUUGUAAAGGACGAAGGAAACAUGGUGGGAGAGAAUCAGACAAAAGUGAUGCUGUUGAUAUUACACUUUCCUCUCAGAAAGCUCAUGCAGUUCUGAGUUCCUUCUCACAUAUCUGGUUGACUGAAGGAGACUCAGUGACACUGACUUGUGAGGUUAGAGUCUCUAAUGCAGGCUGGAGAUUCCUCUGGUACAAGAAUGCACCCUAUAGACCCGGGUUCCCUCAAGUGUUUCAUGAAAGCAGUGGAUAUUAUGUAGAGCUAGUGUCAGACAGCAUCAGAGGAGCUGGAGGCUCCUACACUCUCAGCCCUGCUGCUCUUAGACACACAGGGGUUUAUGUGUGCAGAGCAGAGAGAGGAGAGCCAGCCUAUCACACGGAGUUCAGCAAUCCUCGGCCUCUCUUGGUCACAGUGGCCUUUUCAGGUGUGUCUCCUCCAGCUUCUGUGAUCAUCCAUUCAAACUGGACCCAGAUCUUUACAUCUGAGCCACUCUCCCUGAGCUGUGGGGUUCAGGGCCACGCUACUGGAUGGAGACUGAGGUGGUUCACAAACAGAAGAGAGAAAUCAAAGUGUCCCACUGACUGGAGAUCAGAAACAGGAUCCAGCUGCAGCAUCAGCUCAGCAUCUUCAUCAGACUUUGGAGUUUACUGGUGUCAGUCUGACUCUGGAGAGCAGAGCAAUCCUGUCAACAUCACAAUACACAAUGGAAAUGUGAUCCUGGAGAGUCCUGUCCAUCCUGUGACUGAGGGGGAUCCGCUGACUCUGCGCUGUAGAUAUCGCUACCAGCCAUCAAACAUCAGUGCUGACUUCUAUAAAGAUGGGACACUCCUGCAGAACUCCACCACAGGAGAGAUGACCAUCCCUGCAGUCUCAAAGUCACAUGAAGGCCUCUAUAAGUGCAGGAACCCAGAGAGAGGAGAGUCACCACAGAGCUGGAUCAUUGUAAAGGCCCCAGAUUCAGGAUCCUCUCUACUGGUAACUGUGGGUACAGUUGUUAGACUGGUGAUUAUGUUUGUCCUCAUCAUAAUGCUGCUUCUGCUGUAUCUCUUCAAAAAGCUGAAAGGUCUGAGUACACAGAAAACACAGACAUCUCUACCUCCCUCUAGUGGUCAACAGCGGGGAAGUACAAAACAGAGGUCAAAUCAGGAGGAGAGUGAGGCUGCAGGAACUGAUCAUGGGCCUCAGGCAGAAUAUAUGCCUCUACAAAGAGAUACCGCUGAUGUUUAUGACACCAUAAAUGCAGAAUACAUACCUCUACAACCAAGAACAACAGACAUAUAUGAAACUAUAUCACAUGGGCAAGGGGAUGGUAAUGGAGAAGAAUAUGAGGAAGUGGCUUCUUUACAUCCAGGAGCAGAAGCAUGAGUUUACCUCUUCAGGCUGAUCUCAAACAAAUGCAGGAGUUGGAUAUGUCUAAAUGCUUGUGUACAUUAUAAAGGUCAAAACAUUAUGAGCUUUGAUUUACAGUAUAUGUAUGUUGUGGAAAUACUUUGUUUUAAUUACUGGUAACUUUGUUUUGUCUGCUAAUGUAGGUGUUUUAAUGUAUAUCAUCUUGGCGAAAGUUUACCAUGCGAUGGGGAUUUGCCCUUCUUACGUUUGAGUAUAGGCUUUUUAACUGUGACUGCCAUAUAUUGUCAUUGUUAAACAAUCUCCAUGUACAUGUAAAUAGUUUUGAAGCAGUAUGUUUGC